CCAAACUUCAUUGAUAAAUAAAAAAAAUAUAUAUCAUGUGGGAUACUAUUACGCAUCUUCUCAGUAGUAUUAUGCUGCUCUUUUUCAUGUUGUCACAAACCACCACUGCUAGUGCUAAUGAUGCCAACAACAAGUCAUUAGAGGCAAAAGCUUUGCUUGCUUGGUGGCCAUAUGCAAAUGCUUCACUUGAUCACUGUAACUGGGAAGGAAUAACUUGCAAUGAUGCAGGAAGUGUCACUGGUAUAUACUUAGUUGGUCAUUACCUUGGGGAUGGAACUGGUCUUGGAAGCCUCAACCUCUCUUCAUUUCCAAACCUUGUUAGCCUUGUUAUUGGUAGAUGUGGUGUUGAAGGAAGCAUCCCAGAGCAGAUUGGUUUGCUCUCAAAUCUCAACUUUCUUUCACUUCGGGAGAAUCAACUCACAGCUAACUUACCCAUUUCACUCACCAAUCUCACCCAUUUAAAAUACCUUGAUCUUUCUUAUAACAAUUUCAGUGGUAACUUGCCUGUUUGGCUCACCAAGCUUUCCCAUUUAGAAAACCUUUUUCUUCAUGAUAACAAUUUCAGUGGUGAGUUACCUGUUUCCCUUGCCAAUCUCACCCAUUUAGAAUACCUUUAUCUUUAUGAUAACAAUUUCAGUGGUGAGUUACCUGUUUCCCUUGCCAAUCUCACCCAUAUAGAAGUCCUUUAUCUCAGUAAUAACAAACUUACUGGUCCAAUCCCACCAUCUUAUGGUUCCAUGCUCAGUCUUAGAGUCUUAGACUUGAGCACAAAUCAACUCAAUGCAUCCAUCCCUAACCAAAUUACUCAUUUGCAAAACCUAUAUGAAUUGAAUCUGGGUGACAACAAUUUUGAUGGUCCAAUUCCCUCAAAUUCUAGUAACCUAGGCCAACUGAAAUUUCUAAACCUUGGCAUGAAUUCCAUAACUGGUCCCAUACCUCCAGAUAUAGCUAAUUUGAUUAACUUACAACAACUGGACCUUAAUCAUAAUAGUCUUGUGGGUCCCAUUCCCAGAAACCUGUCAAGACUUUCUUACCUUGAUAUUUCAUCAAACCAGUUGUCUGGUAAUUUGUCUUUUCAAAAUCCAUGUAAUCUACAACAUCUAGACCUCUCUAUGAACCAGAUGACUGGAGCUACCAGAAGUCUUCUUGUUUGCAGUCUUUUAAAGCACUUAGACCUCAGUAGUAACAAUUUUGUAGGAGAACUUACAUAUUGGGAUUUCCCGGAAUUGGUGUUCUUAAAUCAGUCUCUAAAUAAGAAUCUGACUGCAAUCAGCCACAGUCCUUCUUCAAUCCAGAAUAGAGAACCUGACUUGUCGUGCAAUGCUUUAAGUGAGCAAUCAACCUGCAAAGCACAUAUGCUAAGACAAAAAGUGGUCCACCAUUUGACCAUUUUUCUUCCCAUCAUUGUGGGACUUUGCUUUUUGCUUCUUGUUUACAUGUGUUACAAAAAUCACAAUUCCACAGCUAAGAAAAUCCAACCAGAAACAAAAAAACAUGGAAAUGUGUGCUCAAUAUUGAAUUAUGAUGGAACAAUUGCAUAUGAAGACUUCAUCACUGCUACAGAGGAUUUUGACCUCAAAUACUGCAUUGGAACUGGUGGCUACGGCAGUGUUUAUGAAGCCAAACUGCCUAGCGGUCAAACAUUUGCUUUGAAAAAACUCCACGGUUUUGAAGCCAAGCAACCAGCAUUCGACCAGAGUUUCAAGAAUGAAGUCCAAGUGUUGACCAACCUAAGGCACAAAAACAUUGUCAGACUCUAUGGUUUUUGUUUGCAUAACAAAUGCAACUUCCUUGUAUAUGAAUACAUGGAAAAGGGGAGCCUGUUUUGCGCCUUGAGUAACAGUGAAUUAGCUGUUCAAGUGGAUUGGAUCAAGAGGGUGAACAUCAUCAAAGAUGUGGCUCACGCUUUGGCGUACAUGCAUCAUGAUUGCAGCCCUCCUAUUGUUCAUAGAGACAUAUCAAGCAACAACAUUCUCUUGAACUCAGAACUGGAAGGAUUUGUUGCUGACUUUGGAGCAGCCAGAUUGCUCGACCCAGAUUCCUCCAACCAAACAGUAAUUGCAGGAACUUUGGGAUACAUUGCUCCAGAGCUUGCGUAUAGCAUGAUUGCGACUGAAAAAUGUGACGUGUAUAGCUUUGGGGUGGUGGCGCUUGAAACAAUUGGAGGGAAACAUCCUGGAGACCUCCUCUCAUCCCUGAACUAUUCGACUAGUCGUGGUACAACUUUGGAAAAUAUAAUAGACAAGCGACUCCCUUAUCCAACCGAUAGAUCGAUUGAAAAGGAAAUUGUGCGUGUUUGUAAUGUAGCAGUAGCGUGCAUUCUCACAGAUCCAAAGUGUCGGCCGACAAUGAUAGAGGUGUCACGGGAAUUAUCAUGUUGAAGACAUCAUAUGGGCUAUCUCCAAGCUCUUUUCAUAUUGUACUUCUGUCACUGUGAAACAAAACUUGAAACAUUCUAGUUUAUAAUAAGUGCAGUUCACUUUUUUAUGUUUAA